AGAACCUAGAGAGAGAAAGUGAGAUAGAGAGAAAGAAUGAAGAAAAUUCAAUCCGAUCGAAUACAAUUUUGACGUCCGCAAGGACACAGUCUCCCUCCUCCUCCCCUCCCUCUCUCUCUCUCUCUCUCUCUCUCUCUCUCUCUCUAAGUUACAGCGAGAAACAGGGCGUGCCUACUGUGGGAGAAUCCCACCAUGAGUACUUGGAGUGUGAAAAUCUUUGCCUCUAAGCUUCAGCUGACACAUUCCAAUAUCAAUUUCAGCAAGAACAAGAACGAGAACAAGUAGUGGAGGAAGAACCAACAAGGCCCAAUUACUGAUAACUUAAACCUCCACAAUUAAGUCAAUUUGGGUCUUCUCUUGUUUAUGCUCUUUCGUUGAUUUUUGCCGACUUUCAAGCAGUUCAACUUUCUUAUUCAGUACCUGAGAUUCAUACGGAACAUCGAGGUCGCGGGAAGACAGUGCGAUUCUAUAAUGGUCAGAACCAAAAGGUGUUCCUUCGUUUCAGUUUUCUUUGGUCUAUGGCUUGCGCUUGGAAAAACUGAAUGCUACAUGCUCAGGCUCAAAACUUAUCCAUUUCUAUCGCUGCACAAUAAUGAACCUGUAGCCUGUGGGGUUGGGUAUUGGGAAGAAUGCUCUCUGAGUUGAAUUUUGUUUCAGUUUUCCACGCAGAUUAACUGUAUUCAUUUUUUAGGUAGGUUUUGUCUUUCUUUAGCCAGCGAUUGUAGCUUGUGAUUGGGAAAGAUGGUAACAUCGGGGCCACCCACUCCUAUAGGUGGUGCUCAGUCUGUUUCACCCUCACUUCUGCGAUCUAAUUCUGGAUUGCUGGGAGUUCAAGGUGGUCUGCUGCCUUCUCAGGCAGCCUUUUCUUCACUUGUAUCGCCCCGCAAUCAGUUCAAUAAUAUGAAUAUGCUUGGUAAUAUGUCCAAUGUGUCAUCUCUCCUUAAUCAAUCGUUUGGAAACGGGGCUCCUAAUUCUGGACUUCCAUGUCCUGGCAGUAGCCACCCUGGUGGUAUUGACCCUGGUGCAGAGCCAGACCCUCUUUCUGGUGUUGGCAAUGGAAUGAGCUUCAAUAAUCCUUCCUCAUCAUUUGUAGCAUCAAAUAUGACAAACCCUGUUUCAUCUGUCCAAGGUCAGAAUCCACAAUUUUCUAACCUUCCUAGUAGCCAGUUGUUAUCAGAUCAGCAGCAGUCACAACAACUUGAACCCCAGAACUUCCAACAUAGUCAACAGUCGAUGGAACAGUUUUCUGCACUUCAGAGCAAUCAACAACAACAAUUUCAAGCAAUUCGAGGGUUGGCUGGUGUUGGAUCAGUAAAAUUGGAACCUCAAAUGACCAACAAUGAUCAACAUGGGCAGCAGCAACAGCAGCAGCAGCAUUUGCAAACAUUGAGAAAUCUUGGUCCGGUGAAAUUGGAAUCACAACGGCUUCAAUCACUGAGAGGUUUGGCACCAGUAAAAAUGGAGCCCCAACAAUCGGAGCAGUCAUUAUAUCUGCAUCAGCAGCAGCAGCAGCAGCAGCAGCCACAACACCAGCAGCAGUUUCUACAUAUGUCUAGACAGUCCUCUCAGGCAGCAGCUGCCCAAAUUAAUCUAUUGCAACAACAUCAGCAACAACAUCUCUUAAAAAGUAUGCCUCCUCAACGGCCACAAUUACAACAACAUUUCCAACAGCAGAACCUGCCACUGAGAUCUACUGUAAAACCAGGAUAUGAACCUGGAAUGUGUGCUCGGCGUCUGACUCAUUACAUGUAUCAGCAGCAACACAGACCUGAAGACAACAACAUAGAUUUCUGGAGGAAAUUCGUUAACGAGUACUUUGCACCUCAUGCCAAAAAGAAGUGGUGUGUUUCCAUGUACGGGAGUGGGCGACAAACAACUGGAGUUUUUCCUCAGGAUGUAUGGCAUUGUGAAAUAUGCAAUCGCAAGCCUGGGCGUGGUUUUGAAGCAACUGCUGAAGUUCUUCCCAGGCUUUUCAAGAUCAAGUACGAAAGUGGUACUAUGGAGGAACUACUUUAUCUUGACAUGCCUCGUGAAUAUCACAACGCAUCUGGUCAGAUCGUCCUGGAUUAUGCAAAAGCCAUACAGGAAAGUGUUUUUGAGCAACUUCGUGUUGUUCGUGAUGGCCAACUUCGAAUUGUUUUUUCUCCAGACCUUAAGAUAUGUUCAUGGGAAUUCUGUGCUCGACGCCAUGAAGAACUUAUUCCUAGGAGAUUAUUGAUACCUCAGGUUAGUCAACUUGGGGCAGCAGCUCAAAAGUACCAGUCCGCCAUUCAAAACGCAUCAUCCAAUUUAUCAACUCCUGAAUUGCAAAGUAAUUGUAACAUGUUUGUGGCUUCAGCGCGACAAUUAGCUAAAGCCUUGGAAGUUCCGCUGGUAAAUGACUUGGGAUAUACGAAGAGAUAUGUACGAUGUCUUCAGAUAUCCGAAGUGGUUAAUAGCAUGAAGGACUUGAUUGAUUACAGCAAAGAAACGGGGAUUGGGCCAAUGGAUAGUCUAGCCAAGUUUCCUCGGAGGACUAGUUCAUCAUCGGGGCUUACAGAUCAAGCUCAAGUUGCUGAUGAACAUCAUCAGCAACAACAACAGCAAUCAUCUAUAGCCCAGCAAAAAAAUAAUAACCCGAGUUCUGUCCAGGCCACUGCAGUGCAACUGACAGCUAGCAAUGGUGUGGCCAGUGUAAAUAACACCGUGAACCAACCUUCAACAUCAAACUCAGCAAGCACCAUUGUUGGGCUUCUUCACCAGAACUCUAUGAACUCCAGACAGCAUAACUCUAUGGCAAAUGCUAGCAACUCAUAUGGGGGAAGUUCUGUCCAGAUUCCAUCUCCUGGUUCUUCCAGUACAAUUCCGCCUACACAACCAAACUCUUCUACAUUCCAGCCACCAACUCCUUCAUCAUCUAACCUUUCACAACCAUCACAUACAGCUGCAAAUAAUGCCAAUCAAAUGAGUGCUGCUAAUUCUCCGGCAAAUAUGUCCAUGCAACAACCCACAUUGUCCGGAGAUGCCGAUCCUGGUGAUACACAGUCCUCCGUUCAAAAGAUAUUACAAGAGAUGAUGAUGAAUAGUCAAAUCAAUGGCCCGGUGAGUCUGGUUGGCGUUGGUUCGCUGGUCAAUGAUAUGAAAAAUGUGAAUGGGGUCUUACCUACAAGCAAUACAGGUCUCAAUAAUGGGAACUGUUUAGGGGGAAACGGAACAACCAAUGGUGGCCCCGGCAUGGGAGGUGGCGGAUAUGGAUCGAUGGGGAGUGGGCUUGGGCAACCUGCCAUGGUCAAUGGAAUGAGAACAGCAAUGGGGAAUAAUUCCAUUAUGAACGGACGAAUAGGAAUGGCGUCUCUUGCUCGAGAACAAAGCAUGAAUGGUCAACCACAGGAUUUGGGAAACCAGCUUCUAAGCGGACUAGGAGCUGUAAAUGGCUUUAGUAAUCUCCAAUAUGACUGGAAGCCAUCCCCAUGAAGAAAAGCUAUACAAGGAUCAUACAUGGGUUGAUGCUUGAUCUGAGCUGCUCUUACGCAGCAUUCAAAUUAUGAAGAUUUGCCAAUGGCCCUGCAAGAGAUGGCAGGUACCGCAUGGCGAAACAGGUACGGGGCAUAACGAUCCACACGGUGUACCAAUUUGUUUGCUUUUAAUAUAUACAAAAAGGGAAGUGUGACGGCCGGUGAUGGGGUGAUAGGGGGCAGGUUUCCUGUGAUUUCAAAUGUAACCUGUCUAUUUCUAUAGUUUUUUCUCUCUCUAAUAUUUGGCCUUUUGGCAAUUUCCAUUUUAUCUACUUUCUUCAUAGCAUUUUAGGUUCUGUUAUGCUUUUUCAAGGAAUUUGGUCAUUUGGAAGAAAUCCAAAAGGGGUUGCAGAGUGGUAACUGAA